AGCUAAGUUAAUGAUUCAGGUUACAUAUAGAGCCUGAUCCUUGGAGUGAGCGAAGGCAACGUGGUGCGAAGUUGUUUUAAGCGUAGCCUACACCUGGUUAAUCAGGCGUUUGCUAGAAGAUGACUAGAAUUGCAAGGCAAGAGGACUGACAGGGUGGACGAAACAUUGUCAGCACCCGACAGUUUUGCUUCCAGCAAUGAUGAUACGACAUACCAAAUGGAAAAAAUGUUCCUGCAGUGAUGAAUCACAUAACAGCUUACCAACAUGGACACUGCACCAGAAAAAAUGCAGGUAGCUCCUCGUAGGUACCAGGAAGAGCUCUUGAAACGUUGCCUAAAUGAGAACGCAAUUCUGUACCUGCCCACAGGGUCUGGGAAAACAUUCAUAGCUGUUUUGUUUAUUAAGGAAAUAAUGAAGGAAUGCUGUGUGAAGUACGGUCGUGGAAAGAAGCUGGCAGUAUUUGUUGUAAACCAAGUAGCCUUGGCCCAGCAGCAGACAGAUUAUGUUUCUCGUCACACAGAAAUGAAUGUGGGCUGUUACAUAGGUAUAAUGAAUGUGGAUUUUUGGGAUAAAGCUAAGUGGAAUGAAGAAUUCCAGAAGAAUCAGGUGCUUGUUAUGACGGCACAGAUCUUUUGCAACAUUAUAGUUCAUAAUAUUAUAGAUGUUAACAGAAUAUGUGCUGUUGUCUUUGAUGAAUGCCAUGCUGCCACAGGCAACCACCCUAUGAAGCAGGCAGCAGACAACAUAUUGAAGUUACACAUAAAUCCUAGAUUGCUUGGGCUUUCAGGCAGUUUAAUAAAUGGUGACUGUAAAGUUUCAAGAGUUGUCAAGUGUUUGAAGGACCUGGAAGAUACGUUUAAGUGCAAGAUAUCAACUGCUGAAGAAUCGCUGUUACCAGAAGUAAGGAGAUACUCCACAAAUCCAGAAGAAGAAAUACAUCACUACGGAGUGCAAGUUACAGACUCCUUUACAAAGAACAUUGAGGGAUUACUAACACAGUGCCAGAAUCUGAUAAUGGUAUCUAAGGUAACUGCCCCAAUGCCUGGCAAAAGUAAAACUCUUCAUGGCCUUAUCCCUAUGUCUGAUGACAUGAAACAGAACAAGGAAUUGAAAAACAUACUAGAAAAUGUGAAGUACCAGAUAGAAGACCUUGGCUUGUAUGGAGGCUAUGUAGCAGCAAAUAUGUACAUCACUGUCCUCACCAAGUUAGCCAGGAGGGCAGGAACUGCAGAUGCUUUUGACCUCAUCACUGUUAUAAAGGAAAACCUGACUGAAGUGAGGGAUGGCAUGAAGAGGCAGAUAAUGGUUUUGACAGAGCCACGUGAGCAGAUCCGUAGAUUCUCCAGUAACAAAUUUAUGAUGUUUGUUUCACUUAUCGAGAAGAUAUUUCGAGAUUUAUCAGAAGCUGAGCAGUCUCGACAGGGAAAUAAUAAUGUACUGGUUUUUGUGCAACGAAGAGCCUCUGCAAGAACUUUAUCAGCUUUGUUGCAGAUUCUAUCAGAGUCAGACCCAAGGCUUCGCACUAUGAAGCCUGGUUGUGUUGUAGGCUAUGGGGCACAACAGUCAAAUGAAGCUACAGAAAUGCACAGGAGAACAAAUGAAGAUGCCAUUUUAAGGUUUAAGAAAAUGGAAACAAAUCUACUGGUGGCAACUGAUGUUCUUGAAGAGGGAAUUGACAUUCCUGUUUGCAACACAGUCAUUAUGUUUGAUCCACCAAAUUCUUGUCGUUCUUACAUUCAGUCAAAAGGACGUGCACGCCACAAAACCAGCAGUUAUCAUAUUUUUGUUAGUACAAGUGAUCAAAAAUUUUUGGAAAAGUUCAACGUGUAUAAAGCUGUUGGACACGAGAUCAGUAAGGUGCUGAGGCCGGGAGCUAUAAAUGUGGAAGCAGAUAUGGUCGACGGUGAGCCAGAAGAUGAAUGUGUGGAAUGGCAUACACCCUGUGGCAGUCAUGCAAUUCUGAAAGGUCCAUAUGCUAUACAGUUGGUGAAUAUAUACAGCAGCAAAUUGCCUCACGACAGAUAUACUAAUCUUGCCCCAUUGUGGUAUCUGUUGCUCAGGGGUGGAAAGUGUGUAUGUUUUGUGCAGUUACCAGUGAACUCGGUGUUGAAAGUGAGCAUAGAGGGUGAACCCCAGAAAAAUAAAAGAUUAGCAAAACAGUCAGCAGCUAUAGAAGCUGUGAAGCGACUGCAUGAAUGUGGUGAACUUGAUGAUGACAUGGUCCCAAGACCAAGUGAAUACAUUGUCUACCAUGAGAAACUGUUUCCAUAUCUUACAAAAGAGCCAAUCGGUGGCUCUUCACCACAGCAAGGAUCAAGGCAACGUAAACAAUUAUACGUUAAAAGGUGUCCUUUAAUGUACAGUGACUGUAGACCCCAGGAAUUACAGAUUACAUAUUUACACAUCAUUGAAAUAGAAGCAAAUUAUCCAAAACCACCUGAAGACAGUGAUGACAUGAUUUUGUAUGAUAUGUUCAAUAAAGAGGAACACUUCGGGAUAUUGUCAUCCAAAGAAAUUCCACAGGACUUUCUAUUUCCAUUAUAUUCUUCAGAAGGGAAACUCAAAGUAACACUGAAGAACACUCACAAACUGUACACAUUAAGUAAAGAGGAAAUAUGUCAUUGUGAAGAAUUCCAUCAGUUUAUUUUUCGUAAGGUGCUGAACAUUGUAAAGCCCUUCAUGUGUGUCGACCAGGAAAGAAGAGAUCAUUCGUAUUUGAUUGUGCCUGUCAGAAAAUCAGAAAAUGGUGUCCUACAGAUUGAUUGGAACACUGUAAACAGACCUAGAAAUGCCUCAACAAAUGAGGAAUUUAAACUAGAGCAGACUGGAGAGAGCUCGAAGUUUCCCACCUUCUCAGUAUUUGUGCAGCAGUCUUCUUCGGGGAAACGUAAGUUUUACUUUCUUGAAGAAGGACCUGGUGAUGGCAAUUGUGAUACAAAUGUAGAUGGAGAUAUCUUGAACAGAUGCCCCACUGUAUCCAUGAAGGAAGCUCUAAUGAUUUCUACUGAUCUGAACUAUCUCAAGCAGAACAGACGGCAGAAGAAAAAUGCACAAAAGAGGAGGAGCUAUUUCAAUCCUGAAUUGUGUGAUAUUAUUCCACUGUCUGCAGCUCUUUGUCUUAAAAUUCAUCUCUUGCCAUCAGUCCUCCAUAAACUUACUGUUCUGGCGGCAGCAUAUGAACUCUGUCAAAUGGUUCCAAUAUCUGAGGGUUCUGUGUUGGACUAUGAAAUGCCUGAAAACGCAGGUGACAUUCAGCUCCUGAACAGUGAUUUUGGGGGCUGUGGCUUGACACUGAAUGACAUGGAGCAAGCUUUGACUGCAGCAUCUUGUGACGACCUUUUCAAUUCUGAAACAUUGGAGACACUUGGAGACUCGUUUCUUAAGUUUGCUGUGAGCCUAUUUCUAUUCAUUCAUUAUAAAAGUCAUCAUGAAGGAACAUUAUCAAGUAUUAAAAUGAAAGUUGUUAGCAAUUGGCACUUCUACAAUGUGGCUAAAGGAAAAGAUAUUGGAAGUAAAUUGCAGAUUCAUAGGUUCGUACCAGAUGAAACGUGGGUACCACCUGGUUUCACCGUUCCGCGACUAGUACGUAGAAAAUUCUUAAGUGAACAUAUAGCUCCAGAAUAUCUGAAGAAAUUGAAUCUCAGUGAAGUUGAGCACUCAGUGGACCAGUUAGUUGGCAUGAGAAACAGUUGGAACCUAGCAACGCCAAACAACUCUGAACUUUUCAUUGGCGUGCAAACUGUUAGUGAUAAAGCUCUGGCUGAUGCUCUUGAGGCUCUUACCGGUGUUUACUUGAAGGCAUAUGGUUUGUCUGGUGCAAUUGCACUUCUCAACAGUCUGGGAGUUCUACCAGCAAAGAAGGCAUCACCUCAUAUUCUCUUCGAGAGACCACCAGAGAGGCCCUUAUUGCAAGAAUCAUUGCCUCAUCAGUAUCUGGACUUCCAUUUGGGUGACGUAGAAGAGCUGGAGGAGACAUUAAACUACAGAUUCAAAGACAGAGGUUUUCUGUUGCAAGCACUUACGCAUCCCUCUUGGAGUGACAAUAGAAUUACAGAUUGUUAUCAAAGAUUAGAAUUUCUUGGUGAUGCAAUAUUAGAUUUCUUGGUGACGAGUUAUAUAUUUGACAAGUGUCAGCUGCUGUCCCCAGGAAAGAUUACAGUCCUUAGAGCAGCACUUGUCAACAACUGCACAUUUGCAGCAUUUUCUGUAAGGAUUGGUUUGCAAAAAUAUUGCAAAUAUAGAUCUUCGGAGUUGUUUUACAACAUUGAUGCAUUUGUAAAAUACCAACAGGAAAAUAAUCAUGAGAUAACAGAUGAGGUAAUGUGCUCUGGGGAUGAUUCUUGUGAUGACCACACUACAGUGAUUCCGGCACCAAAAGUGUUGGGUGAUUUAUUUGAAUCUGUUGCAGCAGCAAUCUACCUUGACAGUGGUAAAUGUUUGAAAACAGUAUGGUCUGCAUACUACAGAAUUAUGGAGAAAGAACUGGUUAAGUAUUGUAUGUGAUGUGUAACAUACCACACUUGUCUGCAAUAAUGAAUGAAAAUAACUGAUUCUGAGUUGCCAUUAUCUUCGAAGCAAAAGUGGAAAAUAUGAAUGGAAGCAGCACACAUGUAUUUCAGAACUGAAAGGAAUGUCCACUUAUGAAAUCCUGUUACGUUAACUAUUCGUCAGUGAAAGAAGUCCACAGAUUUUGUUAACCAGGAUAGUCUGUCAAAUAAUAAUUUUGUGGCUGUGAUAUUUGUAUAUAUAUUUUUUUUUUUACAAAGGUCAUUUGGAAAGUAAGCAAAGAUGAAGGUUUUUUCUUUGGGGGAGGGGGGGGGGGGGCAUAGUGCAUCCUCUUACAGCUAACAUUAACAGUAUUUUAUGUAAAAGUGUUUUAUUAGUAAUUUUUAUGAAAAUUGCACCAAAUGUCGAAGUGGUGUGAAAAAUGUCUGCUCGUUUUAAUCACUAUAUCUUUUCCACAUGUCUUUCAGUCAUUUUGAACUUUCUUAUAUGUAGUGGCAGUUUCAAUUCUGUCAGUGCCUGUCACUGUUAGCAGACAGUUCACCAACUGCAAAUGGUUUUUAUUCUUGGCUUAGCCAACAGUUUUUCUGUAGCUUGUUACCAAAAUGGUGGCAGCCCGGCAGUGUCAUUAUAGUACUUAAAUAGAGCUAACUUUCUGGAUGACUUGUCAUAUGUUUGUAUUUUAUAGAAUCUGUUGUUUUCUGCUGCUUUGUUUUGUAAUGUAAUGAAGAGUAUAUUUUAUAUUUAAUGUUUUAAAACAUAAUAAAAAGCACAAUAUAA